GAACUGAUAAAUAUCGCGAGUUUUAGAAAACGACCCGAGCGUGCUCCACACUCACCCGUGGAUGGUCAUAUGUGUUUUGACUUUUCAGUGCUGACAGCAUGGUAAGCAUGUGCGAUGGUGGGGAAGUGCGGAACACAUGUUCCCAAACUGUUUGCUGGAGAAAGGUAAACAGGAAAUUGGUACAAAACGAUUGCAGCGCCACCGGCAAAUAUUAUCAAAAAAUAAUUUCCGUGUAUCGCGGGCGGUUACAUUAGUCGAAAGUUUCAUUCGAAAUUUUAUCACGAUCACAUUGCAAAAUGUCGGAAAUACGCCGCAAACGACUACAAGAACUCCGUUUCGAAUCAACGAACGUAGUGGUCGUCGCUUUAAUCAUUGGAAAAACAACUCCGCGAACUUUCAAGUCCAAGCGCUCAGCCGACACAAUGGCUGUUCUCACAUUUACCGUUCGCGACUCCAAGCAGUUCUUCACAAAUUGCAUCUGUUGGGGUUCUGAUUCGAAAAUCAACGGCUAUUACCAGAAAUAUCGUCUCGGCGAUUUAAUCGACAUAAUUUCGCCUCAAGUUACACCGAUUCCACAAAGUGGUCGAGAAUUUCAUCCGAAAACUUCAACUCCAUUUGCAUUGACUGUGAAUGAAGGAAACGCUUCCAUUGAGCCGCAUUCAUUCGACACGGCUCUGGCUACGGAAAUUCGGUCACUUGCUCGUCAGCCAAUUAAGCCAGUAAGUUUGGCUUUAAGUCUCGCUGAUGUGAGUUCAAGCGGGUCUACUACAAGCGGACAGUUCGUUGAUCUUUUUGUAGCUGUGAGGCUGACUAGGCCUGUAAGGACGAUUAUAGCCAGAAAAACGGGUGAGCAGAUGCGCUGUAUUGAAGUAAUUGUCACGGAUAGGAGCUACCCAGCCGGAAUGCUCUUCAGUAUUUGGCACGAGGAAUGGAUUGAACGAGCCGAGAAGCGGUGGAAGCCCAAUGAAACGGUUCUGUACCUUAUAGAUGUCAGGCUUGAUUAUUCGACGUUUUACAAGCGACCUGUGCUGAGUUUUACUAGCAAAACGGUUAUUCUUGAAGAUCCAAAUGUAAAAGAAACCCAGCAGUUGGUAGAACAUGCGUCAACUGUGUCGCUUACCAGUUUGGACUUUGCUCCUCAGAGCAUUCCUGAUCCGAAUACAAUAACAACAGUUAUGACUGUUCAGCAAAUUUAUGAUCGGAGCGAUGGAGCCAUUCGUGAUGAUAGUGAUCAGUUUACAGCUGUCAUUUAUGGAGUUGUCACUCGAUUUGAUUUAGAUGGAUCAUCUCGAUGUUUUUCAAAAAGAUGCAAAUACUGCAAACGAAUAACAUCCCUUCAGCAGGACGUUUGCAGCAAUGACCAAUGUCAAAUGGAUAUAUCUUUUAACAGUUCGGGUUUAAACAGUUUCGAGUUUUAUUUUGACAUCAGUAUCCAUCUCACUGAUCACACAGGCACAUUGACUGAAUGUCGGUUGAUGAAUAAUUUCGCUGAAGCAGCUUUAAGUUGCACCACUCAACAGUUUCAAUUCAUGAAAGCAUCAAAUAGGACCGAACUCAAAUGGAAGUUUCUUAUGGAAAGAGUUUGUACCAAAGUUGUUGUCAAGAAAAAGUCAGUAACGCGAAUGAAUUUAUUUAUAAUGAUAUUAGAUAUGAAGCCAAUUGGUUUGGAUGAGGUGGCUGAAAAUGUCUUAGUUUAUUAAAAGUGUUUCUAAGUCUCAAUAUUAUCCUUGAAACGUAAAGUAAAAAAUACUUUUCCAUUUCAAAUUCAAAUCGACUUAUAAUAAAUAAAUAAAAAUAGAACCAAGUUAA